AUGCCGGUGCAAACCAGUCCUCCGUCCUUCCCGGACUCGUUCCCUUCGUUCAUGUCCGUAUAUGGUGGUCUACAACCCCGAUUCGAGGAAGAAACAUCCUGUCACUUGCACCCUUCGCCUCAUUUCCCGAUCAAUUCUUCUUCGAGACGUCUCCAUCCAACCCAUCGCGAAAGCGUCUCCUCAUCAGCAUCCGCCUCCACUGAAUCCUCUCCAACAACCACGAUCUCACCAUUCGACUCACCCUCCGGUGGGGAUAUCUCGCCCAGUUCAUCUCCAGAGUCUCCCUCGGCCAUGCCCCUGUCAUAUCCGAAAUUCACGCCUCCUGCCCGCGCCCUGGAAGUAGCUACGAGGCCAACAAUGUCCGACAGUUCACGGUUAUUGCCUACCCCGAAAACGGCGCGUCCGCCUUCUCCCGGGCGUCGCGCGCGCAAUUCAAAGAAUUUAUCCUUGCGAAUGCCCCCGCCAACAAACUCCAGACCUCCCAUCGCUACAGCGUCAUUAGUGGAGACAUCCUCGUCACAUCACCUUUCUGCCCCGCUAUCUCCAAUCCAGAUCCCCCAGAAGAGCAACCGACGUCGUCCCGCAGGCCUAACGAUCCAGACUCCUUCAUUCAAACAAUCUUUCUCUGGAUCGGAAAUUGUUCCGCCAACUCCAACUCUGACUCUGGGACGCCAAUCUCUACGACAUGCAGAAUCAUCACCUUCACUCGCCUCAUUUGCAUCGCCUGGAUUUGCUCCCCGAGGUGGUAUGUCGCUGCCUCCUCCACCAUCGCAUAACGGCCUCCGUCGCUUUUCCGAAGACGCUUCUUCUUCCCUCGCAUCAAUUGCCGAUGAGGGCACAACGUUUUCUACCCGCGUUCUCCCCGGCUUAGAGGAAGAGGAUGAUCACCUUGACUCUCGUGAAUCGACAAAAAAGAAGGAACGAGGUUAUCCUGAGGGACCUAUUCGAAUUCACGACGAAGGCGUAUAUCUAUAUCUGGAACCGACCGCAGAGGAGGCAUCGGAAUUCGAUACCGUGAUUAAUGUCGCCAAAGAAGUUCGUAACCCUUUCAACAAAGACCAAACCGAGAAAAACGACACUGUAAUGAGCACCUGGCGAAACGCCUCCAUGGCCUCUAAGCGAUUUUCCAUCGAAGACCCCCAAACCGCCAUGUCUGAAGUAUCUUUCAAAUCCGCCUUCGAAUUCCUACCCUCAGAGUCUGAAUCUGCGACCCCGACUACCCCCACUCCUAAAUCUGCCACGAUACCAGAGUAUCUCCACGUUGCGUGGGACCACAACUCUGAAAUCCUGGACGAUUUGCUACCACUCUGCGAGCUUAUCGACCAGCGUAUUUCCGAGGGUAAGAAGGUUCUUGUUCACUGCCAGCUCGGCGCCAGUCGAUCCGCAUCACUCGUUAUUGCGUAUGGUCUGUACAAGAACCGCCACCUGGACUUCAACUCCAUGUACGAAAUGGUCAAGGGACGAAGCCAGUGGGUUGGACCUAACAUGAGUCUGAUUUACCAGCUCACAGAUUUCCGAGGCCACUUGAUGCGUGGAUCACCGUCAAGACCUGCUCCUCGUGAAUGGUUUGUCCAAAGUGGUCGACGAUGCUCUGAACCACAAUUAACACGGGAAGAGCGAGCCACUCGAGACGAGACCCCCCGACCACCUUUUCGCGGCCUUUCACAAGCUCCUUCAAUGGGCUGUCUGUCCAUUCCGUCUUCGAGUCCCGCUCGUCCUAAAACCAGUGACAACGGGAAUAGAUCACCAAAACGCAGCCUCUCACCACGUCCUUUGCCAUUCAGACAAAAGUUCCAAUCUGUGGGACUUGCUUCGGGGCGUCCUCGGGGUAUUCCACGCAGCGUGAGUAGCUGUGAUCCACUCGUUCAAAGAAACGUAUUCGUCCGCGAUGCCCCAGAGAUCGGAGCUGGGUUAUUUUCCCCUCGAACAUCAACCUUUCUCUCUCCGCCACCUAUACCUCCACCAUCUCGCGGAAUCGCUCACGUAGCAGACGUCGCAAGCACGGUAAACCAUACCAAGGAAACAGCCGAUCCGAGAUCCCCUCCACCACCAGCUGGGGGCGAUCGCAUGAUCAUGAGGAACAUCGACGAGUUCCUGUAA